CAAGAAACUGGCUCGAUCCGUCCUGGAGCAAUAGGAGGAAGCAAACCCAGACAGGUGGCAACACCUGACGUGGAAAAACGAAUCGAAGAAUACAAGCGCGAUAAUCCCGGCAUGUUCAGUUGGGAGAUUCGGGAUAAACUGCUGAAGGACGGUGUGUGUGACAGAAGUACAGUUCCCUCAGUAAGUUCUAUCAGUCGGGUUCUUCGUGCGCGAUUUGGCAAAAAAGACGAUGAGGACGACUGUGACAAAAAGGAUGACAGUGGGGAGAAAAAAACUAAGCACAGUAUUGACGGCAUACUGGGUGACAAAG